AUGUCGCGCCACCAAGCAUACAGGAAUUAUGAUUACGAAAACGAUCUCGACGAGUACGAUGGAGGCGAAGGAUACGGCGAGGAGGAGGGAGAGGCGCUGACACAAAUGGAAGCAGGUACUGCUGAGGUUCGUGCUGCCCUCGCCGCUCGAGCAUCCAAAGUCACGACGGCGCAAAUACAGGAGGCGCUCUGGCAUUACUACUAUGACGUCGACAAGGCCAUCGUAUACCUCAUCACCAAGUUCAUCGAUCCGCCCGCCCCCAAGGCCGCUAAGAAGAGCGCGCCCGUGCAAAACAAAGAAACAGGUAGGCCUAUUUUCCGUUUGUUUAUGACAUCCAUUUUCGCACCAAGAGCAAGAAGAAGAACAAGCCAAGAACACCCCGUAAGAGCAGAUCCCCCGGGGUCAGCACAUAUACCACGUUGGCUUCAGAGACGCCGGCACUUCUCUUUCGCGCACUUCUUCCAGGACAUGCCAUGGUUGAACACUCCACAAGAUCGCCAGACCACCUUCAUCGAGCCCCUAUAUCCUCGUGGAGGCCUGCUCGGUGGAUCUGGAGCUCCGCCCAAGAUGUCCAAGUUGCAGCAAUUGGCUGCAGAGCGCAAAAAGAAAGCCGAGGAGCAAAAGGCUGCCCAGAAAAUCAAGGAUCAUGAGAAGCCGCCAGUCAAGGAGGCCACUCAGCACUUGAGCAAGUUAUCUCUCAGUUCAAGAGCUAAACAAAAGGAGGCUGCGUCUUCGUCUGCUAGCACAAGCUUGGCUCAUGAGCCGAAGCCCCCAGCUGUCCCCAUGAAGAGGAAGACAGAUGACAUUGUCCAGCUUGACGGUCCUCCAGCAAAGUUCCCGGCAAACACUGAGCGCAAUCCUGUUGAGGACAUCGCGCCUGUACAGCCAGCUGCACCGUCUGAUUUUGCUCAAGCUCUCCUGGGAUCCGCUCCGCCUGCUCGCACACCGAGGACCUAUGCUCUGCCGUACAUGUCCUUCGUCUCGUCUGUGACUGACGCGUUCUCUGGGCCCAGUCCUGAUGAUGUAGUGCUGACAGCACAGGCGAAAGCCAGUAACAAGAAGCUUGCCAAUACUACCAAGAAGAAAGGUGGCGAUAAUAAGGUAGACGAAGCGACAGACGGAGUCAAGGCGCUCAAGGUCGAUGAUGCACCUCUACCCAAGAGCAAGAACUUAAAUGUUCUUAACGAGUAUGAGAAGAGCAAGAGCAAGAAGAGCGCAAGUUUUGUGGUUGUUGGUCACGUCGACGCCGGCAAGAGCACACUGAUGGGGAGGUUAUUAUUGGACCUCAACGUGGUUGAUCAAAGAACCAUAGACAGAUAUCGUAAGGAGGCGGAACAAAUGGGCAAGUCAUCAUUUGCCUUGGCAUGGGUAUUGGACCAAAGGACCGAGGAACGAAGUCGUGGCGUGACUAUCGAUAUUGCCACAAACCGGUUCGAGACGGAGGCUACAUCUUUUACCAUCCUGGAUGCUCCUGGCCAUCGCGACUUCAUCCCAAACAUGAUCGCAGGUGCAAGUCAAGCCGACUUUGCGAUAUUGGUGGUUGACGCGUCCACCGGAUCUUUCGAGUCAGGACUUAAGGGGCAGACAAGAGAGCAUUCGCUUUUGCUACGGAGUAUGGGCGUAUCUCGAGUCAUCGUUGCGGUCAACAAAUUGGAUACCGUUGGAUGGUCGCAAGAUCGGUUCGAUGAGAUCUCAAACCAGGUCUCUGGGUUCAUGUCCGCCACCGGCUUUCAGCUGAAGAACAUCAGCUUUGUUCCCGUGUCCGGGCUCCAAGGCGAUAACCUCGUCAACAGAUCCACAGACCCUGCAGCAAGCUGGUAUACGGGCGAGACGCUGAUCCAGGAGCUUGAAAACUCCGAGCCUCUCGCUAGAGCGUUAGACAAGCCUCUGCGUAUGACGAUAUCAGAAGUCUUCAGGACCGCACAGAGCCCGCUUACAAUAUCGGGACGGAUUGACGCCGGAUCAUUGCAGGCCGGGGAUGCGCUUCUGGUCCAACCUAGCGGGGAGAAAGCAUACGUCAAAUCACUCGAAUUGGACUCGGAACCGGUGGAUUGGGCGGUGGCUGGUCAGAAUGUUGUCAUUCAUUUGACAAACAUCGAUCCUAUCCAUGUGCGAGUCGGAGACAUCAUCUGCGACCCCAAGUCACCAAUCAAUUCGAUCGACUCUUUCACAAUCAAAGCUCUUGCUUUUGACAUCCUCAUGCCAAUGCAAGUGGAUGUCCAUCGAGGACGGUUGUGGGCGCCCGGACAGAUUGUGGAGAUGCCUGCUAUAUUGGACAAGGUCAAGGGUACCGUACUCAAGAAGAAGCCCAAGAUCGUCAAGCCGGGCAGUGUGGCUAGAGUUGUGGUCAAGAUGAACAGCAAAGUUCCAUUAGAAACAGGCCAAAGAGUUGUGCUCCGGAGUAAUGGUGAAACUAUUGCUGCUGGUUUACUGGAAUAA